AUGACGUCCUUCACCUCAAACAUCCCUCUACUCUGCAGCGUCUGUCCCAAGCAGCCCAAGUUUUCCGACGUUUCCCACCUGCUCACCCACAUUGCGAGCAAGGGCCACCUAGCCCACUACUACAAGCUGCAGAUCAGGGCCGCCAGCGAGACCGAUGCACGCCAGCAGAUUGACUCGUACAAUACCUGGUACACCGAAUGGGGCAUUGAGCACCUCAUGUCGGACCGGAUGAAUCUGAAGGACAAGCGCCGGACGCGCACGAGAGCUGCCAACGCUCGGGCGCGGCAGAUUCCAAACCCACUCCAGGACUCCCUCCGCCGCAGGGCCACGAACACCCACGCUCUCGAUCCUCGUCUUGCAGAUCAGCUUGUGAAGGACGAGCCCAGUCCCUCGCAGUCUCCCAAGUUCCCCGAUCGCCAUCAUCUUCCGCCCGCAUUCGUGCCGAAGCAGAACGCCUGGCCCAGCCCGUUCAGCCAUUCCACAGUGUCGUCCAGUAUGAUCGAAGGCUCGGACAUCUUCACCGAGAAGUCGGACCCUUGCUCCCGCCCCGCCACGCCGCCGAUGACAGCCCCAUCCACAGCCCCCAGCUUCAGUGCCGACAGGGAUGACGACGAGGUCGUCGACACCACCGUUGUCAGUGAAGCUUCGAGGCUCAAGGGCAUCUACUGGCCAGGAAUGGACAUCUUCGACUCUGCCACUCCGGAGAUGAAGCGUAAGAGGAACCAGAAGAAGGACGUCUCUGUCGUCGAGCAACUCGAGUACAACAGUCGCGAGGUUGAAGCGACGGAGCAUAUCUGGACGCCCUGCGGCACCCUGCGCAAGGAGAGACCCAUCUCCGGCUCGGUGACUGACAGUUCUCCGGCGAAGUUCGACGCCUCUCCUACCAUUGACUAUCAACUUCGUCCGCCCCUGUUGGAGCUAGUACCGAAUCUCCGUGACUCCUCCCGCCAGCAGUCCCGCACCGGCGCGCGCAAUCGUCGCAGAUCUCCGAGGAAGCGCAACGACAAUGACCUGAUCUUGGAAGACGAGCUCGACUUGCAACGCGCCUUGGGUCAAGGCCAAGUCUCUGACGAGCGGCCCGCCGAGCCCUCUCGCAAGCGGCGCAGGCCUGGUUUCGAUGUCUUCAGGCAGGAGGAUGACGAGCCUUUUGGCCGCUCGACCAGCAUGACCAUGCUGACCUCUGAGUUCAACCAUCCAUCCCAGCAGGAACAAUCACGCUCCCCCAACCAACCUCAGCAGCAGCGGCAUGAUAGGGUUCAACAGCAGAUGGACCGAGUCACCCAACACGUGGGUCAAUCUCAGCACCAACUGGGACAGUCUCUGCUGCAGCAAGACUACUUCCACGGCUUGGAUUUCAAUCCCUUCGGUCACGGCAUGGAAUCGAUGCAUUCUACUUACGACAACAUGCCCGCGCCCAUGGCCUUCCACCAGACACCCACCUACUUCGAGAAUGGGGUCACUCUCAUGGGUCAUCCUUUCCAGACUUUCCAACAGCAGACGGACAUGAAUGGACUUCUUGGACCUGGCUUUCCGAGCACUAAUUUCUGGGUCAACAACAACGCAUUUCUGACCCCAGGCGCGUUCGGACUGGAGGACACGGGCCCCAAAGCUCAGCCCAAGAUGGAAGAUGAACGUGCGUUCUCUGCACCGACGACACCCAACAAUUGA